UUGAAUCUGUUGCUGCAGAAAUCAGAUGGAAGGAAGACUGGAUUAUGCACCUUGACUGUUAAUCAAUUAAAAGAGGUUUUGAAAUUAUUUUCACCUUGUGUUGUAAUCUUUACUUAGAGUAACAAUAGAAUAAAUCAAAAUAAAUUAAGCUAGUGUGACCUGAUCCUAUGUACACCUAUGCAUGUAACUCUGCCACUCAGUUUGAUUCUGAUAGGCAUUGACAUUAAUUUGGAAGAAUUCUUUGUUUAUAGUAGGAUAAUAAGGAUUAAUACUAUGGAAACUGAACCCAUAAUAGCAAACUGUUGUCAUAUUGACUCUUUUAAAAAGAGAGGCAGUAACAAUUGCCUUGUUUUAAUUUAUGUAAGAAAACAUUUUGAAAAUUAAGAAUCUGAAUUCCUUAUUUUUUGCUGUCUUCAUUCUUGUUCUUCCACUGCUAAGGAAGAAAUACAUCCCCAAACUGGUUUCCUCUGAAAAGAUGUGGUAACUUCAUCUACUUGCUGCUUCUUUACUCCAAGCUUUAUGAACUGGAACACUAAGGCACAUCAUCUUACUGGGACAGCAGAAGGUGACACAGAGGAGUAAUAUACAGAGAGAGACCGAUCUUUUUUGUGAUCACAGUCAACCCAUGAAGAGUGAGGGCUUUCAGCCACCUAAAAGUAUUUACUGCAUUUGCUUCAGAAUACUGUGGAGAAAAUGUAUGCAAGUCGAGAGGAUAUUGGAUAUGAUUUUGGAGAUGACUCCAAAGUUGGAAGUAAGCCAAUUAAACCUAAUCCAAACAUCGAUGGAGGAUGGGCUUGGAUGAUUGUAUUUUCCUCUUUCCUUGUGCACAUACUCAUCAUGGGCUCCCAAAUGGCCCUUGGAAUACUCAACAUGGAAUGGCUUGAGGAGUUUAAUCAAAGUCGUGGCUUAACAGCGUGGGUUAGCUCCCUCAGCAUGGGCAUCACACUUAUUGUAGGUCCUUUUAUCGGUUUGUUCAUCAGCAUGUGUGGGUGCCGCACGACAGCCAUAAUUGGAGGGAUCCUGAAUGCCCUGGGCUGGAUACUGAGUGCCUAUGCCUCAAAUGUGCACUACCUCUUCCUCACCUUUGGAGUGACAGCUGGUAUUGGAAGUGGCAUGGUUUAUCUGCCUGCAGUGGUCAUGGUAGGGCAAUAUUUUCAGAACAGAAGAGCACUUGCACAAGGGCUCAGUACCACGGGAACGGGGUUUGGAGCUUUCUUAAUGACUGCCUUACUGAAGUACCUCUGCACUGAAUUUGGGUGGAGGAAUGCAAUGUUCAUCCAGGGGGCCAUUUCCCUGAACCUCUGUGUCUGUGGGGCACUCAUGAGACCACUCUCUCCCAAAGAGCUCCGUGAAAAAUAUGUGGUGGGAAAUGAUAGCGAAGAAAAUCGGGCAAAAGCUCUGUCCCACUCUACAGAGACUAUAAAAUCUAAUGGAGUCCUUGGUGAAGAACCAGAGAAAAAAGAAGAGGCAGCAAAUGAAGAAGUGCUGGGCAGUGUGCAGCACAUAGAAAUCGGAGGUAAAUCUGGAAGUGAAAGGAGCAUGUAUGGACUGCGCCUCUUUAAGACAGUGAGCCAGCUGACAGUCACAGUCAGGAAGGGCUUUGCACUCUGGUACUCCAGCUAUUUUGGAGCUGCAUCACUGUUUACCAAUAGAGUAUUUGUGGCCUUUAUCAUUUGGGCUUUGUUUGCCUAUAGCAGCUUUGUCAUUCCCUUUAUUCACCUUCCAGAAAUAGUCAAGCAGUACAAAUUAUCUAGGCAGGACAAUGUAUUUCCUUUGACAUCCAUUAUAGCCAUUGUUCAUAUUUUUGGUAAAGUGAUCCUUGGAAUCAUCUCUGAUCUGCCAUGCAUCAGCACAUGGAAUGUCUUCCUCAUGGCUAACUUUACCCUGGUCACCUGCAUUCUUACUUUGCCACUAAUGCAGACAUACAUUGGCCUGGCUGUGGUUUGUGCUCUAAUAGGAUUUUCUAGUGGCUAUUUUUCUCUAAUGCCUGUUGUGACUGAAGAUUUAGUUGGAACUAAACACCUUGCAAAUGCCUAUGGCAUCAUCAUUUGUGCCAAUGGAAUAUCUGCUUUGUUUGGACCACCCUUUGCAGGUUGGAUCUAUGACAUCACACAAAAAUACGAUUUUUCUUUUUACAUAGCUGGAUUGCUAUACAUGGUGGGAAUAAUAUUUUUACUUAUACAACCUUGUAUUCAAAAGAAACAGUCAAGAGAAAAAUCUACAGAAGAAGCACAAGUAUAGAACAAAUUCCAGAACUUUUUUACAGAACUUUUUUUGUUUUGUGUUUCUCUUGUGUGGCAGUAUGAAGAUGUUUUUCUUAUAGAACCAACCACAUUUAGCUGCACUGCACUUAAGUGAAAAGCACAUAUACUCCAUAAGGCUUAUAAAUUAUUGGAAAUGUGCUUUUAAAAUUGGUUAAGAUAUUUUUUACUUUAGAACUACCAAAUACAGUGAUUAAAAGCACACUGCUAGUAUGUCAAUAUUAGAACCAUGCUAAGAAUACUUACCCUUGCUUCUCUUUUAAUAUUUCACCAUUAACCAUUGGUGAAAAUCCACUGACUGCAGUGCAGUUACUCUGAUUUACACUAGUCCUGUGAGAGAAUUUGGUCAGGACAUGAAUGAUUUAUAAAAGUCCUUUCUACUAUGUAUUCAAUCUGAUGAAAGAUUAGUUACUGGAUAUUAGAAAAUGAUUGUAUUUCUUGCCUGGCUAUUCAAGUACUGUUGAAAUGCUACUAUAAUAAUUCCACUAAUUCAGCUUACUAAAAUUACUAUUUCUGUGAUGCAAAUCUGAAGAAAAGUUCUCAUAUAUUUCUGAAAUUAUUCAGUUGGACUCAAUAGGUCCCUCCCAACCCAGUAUAUUCUGUGAUUCUACUUCAGUGAUUUUUAAUUUUGUUUUUUCAAAGUAUCAACUGCAUUUGAAGUAGCUAUCCUCAAUACAUAGGCUGCAGUUUAAACACUGUGACAUUUAAUGCACCUGAAGUAAAAAACCCAUAAAUGAAGAAACAGGAAACAUGUGGAAAAUGUUUCCAGAAACAGUUUGAGUUCUUUGGCCCCUUUACCUAAUUAGAGUUAUUGUAGAAUUUAAUAACAUUGCCACUGACUCUUUCCAUGGGAAUGAACUCUACUACAGCACACUAAAUUUUGUUAUAAUUUAAUUUAAUUGUUCACUAAAUUUGUUACAUAUGAGCAGUCGUGUUGCUGCUUGUAAUGUACCAUGAACUGACUAAGAUUCAUCAUGUUUGAGAAAUUUAUUCUCUAGAAAAUGAGAUACUGCAGAGCAUGGAAUAGCUAAAGAGCAUUUAAAAUAUUAAAACAAAUUUUCUCAACAUUAAGGGUCUGGUAACCAGUGCAGAAGGCGAUGUAUGGUGGUUGAGGGUUUAUUUUUUUCAGCUUUGAGAAGUGAGUCUGAUGUUAAUUUUCCUAUCAAAUAAGAACCACUGUAAGUUUUCAUCCUCUUAGCUUUAUGAAAGUUCUUUGCAUGACGAAUCUGGUUCUUAGUUUAAUAUUUCUACGUGCUGCUGGAAUUCCUUAAAAAGCAAUUGAAACUGUUCAAUUAUAUUGAAGAACUAUUGGGAAACAGCUCAGUACACAACAAUAGCAAUAUCCUUAUCUUCUUUAUAGCUGCAAGGUUGGUUAACAAAAAGUUCUGAAUGUGUAUUGUUCUAUAUUGCAAUUCACCAGCUUCUUAGUGUUGCACUUUACAGCUCUUGUCAGGGACAUACUUUAAAGUAUUCCUUAAAGAUCACUGAAGUGAGCCAAGUUAAAAAUAAAACCUUAAGAAACCCUGAAUUAUUUUAAGAUUUACAUCAGUACAAUCAUAUAGGGUAGUUAUGUAUGGCCUUUAAAAUUCACAUAAGACAACUGAGGUGGCACUGAACUGCAACACAUGGAGUGAACACACAGUCAGUAACUUCUGAAAAUCAGCUUUUGUUAUUGGAGAAAAUGUGCACGUAAAUUUUCACAUCAGUUCUUUGUUACAGAUUAAAUAUCUUCUUGGUGGGAAUGCUGCUGAUGGCUCAUUUGAUCUGAGCUUUUUUUGUUUCUGAAAGAUAUGUAUCCUUCAUACAUAGAUCUUCACUUUGUCUUUUGUCAAAAGCAAUGGUAUUUGCAUAAUACAGUAAUGAAAAAUAUGUUGUUCACUUGUGGUAUCUGCAAUAGAUCUUUUAGUAGAGGUUCUUAUAGGGCCACAUGUUGGGAAUAAACUUACAUUACCCAAAAAUA